AUAAAUAUAUUUAAUCUAUGAUUCGAUUAUUUUGCCAUGGGAUAACAUUAUAAAAUUAUUAAAUUUGUAGAUUUCAAGAUUAGUGCGUGUGUGGUUUAAUUCUAUAUGAAAUAGUAUCAGCCCGUUACUACUUUGAGUUACCGUAAAAUCUCGAAAUGAAAAAUGAAAUCAGAGAGCCAAAAAAGCAGAGUGAAAAAGCUGUUUGUGUCUGCCAGAAGCUGAAACAGUAAUCAGUGUGCUCGAAUCCAUGGCUUAAAACUUCAUUUUUGCAAGUUGAAAACCACAAAAUCUUUCCCUAGAGGAAUCUUGACUUCAGCCCUUUUUCUGAUCUGCGUGGGCACACGCUAAAACGCUUUUUCCCCUCCCUUUUAUCGUUGAGAGAAGAGGCAUGAGGUCGGCCCUCUUCUUCCUAGUUUUCUUACCUUUAAUCGCCUUCAUCUCUAACUUUGAAGCUCAAGCUGCACCUGCUGGGCCGUUGAUAAAGCACCUGUCAUCUCUUGUGAAAUGGACUAGGUCCUCAUCCAAAACACCCCACCAAUCAGAUGGUGGUAAUGUGGUUCAGUUCGAUGAUGGUUAUCUUGUUGAGACUGUGGUUGAGGGGAAUGAACUCGGCGUUGUGCCGUACUCCAUCCGCGUCUCCCAGGAUGGAGAGCUCUUUGCUGUGGAUGCUAUUAAUAGCAACAUUGUCCGAAUUACGCCUCCACUAUCCCAAUAUAGCAGGGCAAGAUUGGUUGCAGGAUCAUUUCAGGGCCGCACCGGUCAUGUGGACGGAAAACCAACCGAUGCUCGUUUUAGCCAUCCCAAGGGGGUUACCAUGGAUGAUAAAGGGAAUGUUUAUGUUGCUGAUACUUCAAAUCUUGCCAUCAGAAAGAUUGGAGAAGCAGGUGUGACGACUAUUGCUGGAGGAAAAUCAACUGUUGCAGGAUACAGGGAUGGGCCUAGUGAAGAUGCUAAGUUCUCUACUGAUUUUGAUGUCGUAUAUGUGAGGCCUACCUGUUCAUUGUUAGUGGUCGACAGAGGAAAUGCAGCUCUUCGUCAAAUCUCCUUAAGUAAAGAGGAUUGUGAUUAUGAAAACAGCUCUUUUUCACCUACAGAUCUUCUUAUGGUUGCUGGUGCUAUCCUAGUUGGGUAUGUUACAUGCCUUCUCCAACAAGGAUUAGGUUCCUCACUUUUGUCCAAGAUGAAAGGUUUUCCCCAACCCAAAUUCGAUGAGCAGUUAGGAAGCAAGGAGAUACCGACUCCUGUAGAUGUGACUGUCAAGGAGGAACCCGUAGCUGGAUGGCCCUCAUUCGGACAACUGGUCUGGGACCUUGCAAAAGUCGCGGUGGAAGCACUAAGUGGCAUUCUUGUUCAGUUCCUUCCCCCGCGUCUCAUAAGCAGUAUUCCAAGAAGAGGCCUUACUCCACUGAAAGAUUCUCUCCUUAUGCCUGAAGAUGAAGCUGAACCGGCUUCAGCUCUAAAACAGAGGACUCCGAAUCCCCUUUCUGAAACCAAACAGGUUCAUGGCCCAAUACCUAGCGAGAGACCAGCUGAAGCAAAACCUCCUAAACUUAGAUCGACCAGCAUCAAAGAUCCAUCUCUUUCAAGCAAGCACCGAUCUUCCAGAAGACAAGAUUAUGCUGAGUUUUAUGGAUCAAGUGAGGCUCCUCUGUACGGGCAGGCGAGGUCUAAGAGCCAGAAAGAAAGAACCAAGCACCGCCACAAAGAGAAAGGUGGAGACGCAACUUUUGGAGCGCCACCAGUAUUGGAGCCAAAGCCCGCUGAAACCAAGGUCACCAGCUACGAGAAUACAAAGUACGAUCCUUACAACUUCAGGGGCAAAUAUGGUGGUGAUACAUAUCGUUAUGAUUAAGUCCAAAUAUGAUUCUAGAUCAUAUCUGUCUUCCCUUUUCGAACCAUAAUGAUCUAAAAGUAAUGAAUUCUAGGCAUACAGAGGGUUAACGCAAUAUGUUUAGUCGCUUUGGUAGGUAGAAAUCAUGUAAAUCACGUGUUCGUGAUGCUUUUCCUUUAGUGUAAGCUAAUAUGUACAAGUUGAAAAUGCCCAGAAUUCAUUAACGUUUGUUUUGGUGUCGUUGCCAGAAAUUCUUACCCCCAAAA